AACAGUGUAUAUAAAUACUAUAUUAGUAGUGCACGAACAAAAAGUUACAGAGAACAGGAAAUUUACUGCGGUCCAGCACUGUGUAAAACGAUGCCAAGUAGUGGAUUAUGUUAAAUAGAAAAGAAAGAAUUUAAAACUAAAGCGUAAGCGCGGUUUAACUGGAUCUAUCUGAAGUGACAGUUGUUUCCUGAUCAUUUAUUGUGGGCGCGUACGAUGUAGUUAUAGGCAUACGUAAAACGCGUACAGCAUUUUUGAAUAAGGGUCAAUACUUGAUUAGUUCUUAGUUUCUAAUUAAACAGAUACGAUUUAUUUUGUUAUUUAGUUUAAAUAGUUUUGAACGAAGACUUGAAACAAUGGAACCCGAUUUAAAAGACAAACAAACUAAACAAGCAUCGCGUAGAAAGCAUGAUCACCUUCUACCUGGUAGAGACCCUGAUGAGUUCAUUGUUAUGGAUGUAUCUCAUAUUCCAGACAAAUCAUCCACAAGGAACAAAAAGUUAUCAGUUCAGAAGAUGUCUGAAUGUAUCCUAAAGGCCCUCACUCCACAUUUUAAUGUGUUGAGUGAAAUUACAUUUGGAAAGCAUGAAGAUAUGUUUCUUGAUCCUUACAUGGCUGAAAUAUCAAGUUUAAUUCUUCAAAGAAAAAUAAAGAUCAGUCUUGGCAUAUUUACAAGAAUCAGUGAAAAAAGUGUUCAGGCCUUGGGGCGCUGCCUUCAAAACAUCAACAGAUUAUCAGUAGAUGAACAACUCCUUUUACCACAAGCCGUUAUCAUCUUACGUGAAUAUGUUGAAAAGUUAGCCAUCCCUCAGGAAUUAACAAUAAAUAGAAAAACUGUUGCCACGUGGUUAAAUGAAUGGAAGAUUCACGCUGGCCACCCUCAAGACAAGGUGCUGCAAAUUUUACAACUUCUUCUCGGAAAGAUUAAAACUUUAAUAAUCGCGGAUGUGAUGACAUAUGAAAUCAUGGAAGGUCUCAUUCCCCAUCUAAAUGUGUUGGAUGAAGUUGAAUUUGGAGAAAAUGGAAACAACAUAAACCUUGACCAAUAUAUGGGUCGUAUAACACAGUGUAUUCUUGAAAGAGAAGAAGAGAUCAGCCUUGUAAUACGAACAAAAAUCGACAUUCCCAGUUUGCGGCAUAUAAGUCCUACUUUUAAAAAACUCAGAAGUCUUACAAUUGAUGAGAAAUAUCUCCCAGCAUCUACUCGGGCCCAUUUACGUGAAGAUGUUUAUCGCCUUGUUCCCAUAGGUCAUGUUUUGAAAGUUAAUGGAUUGGACUCAGCCAUCUGGGUACAGAAAUGGUUUAUCUAUGACUGGAAGCCAGAAGACAUAAUUUACCGCAGUUUAAUGUGGUUAGCAUGUUCUGCGCAGACCAAAGCUGUGGCCAUUUUAACUAACUUGACAGAUCAAAUAAUGGAAACUCUAACUCCAUUGGUGACUGGGGUUUUGCAUGAAAUUCAGUUUGGUAAUCCGGAAACAGGUGCUGACAUAAACCUUGAUAGAAACAUGGUAUCUCUAUCACAAUGGAUCCGUAACAGGCAAAGAAUGAUUGAUAUUAAAUUGUUCACUGGACUAAGCGCAAUAGGUAUACACUGUUUAGGUAAAUGCUUACCAAGAAUAUCCGAGUUAUCAAUUUAUGAGGAGCUGCUAUCACCACUAUGUCGUAGCCUCUUGUGUGAAUUUGUUUACAAACUUUCUGAGCCUCAACAACAGGCUUUGAAAAUCAAUGGUAUUAGUGCCAGUAUAUGGUCAAGACCAUUGGAAGUGCUGAGAACUCAUUCAAUAAAAAGGGCUGUUCAUAUUCUUUCAAAAAAACCUAAUGAAAAAUUUUUUCCUGCUGAAAAGGCCAAAAUCCUAUUCCUGAUGAAAAAAAUAUCAGAUCCAAUUAUGGAAGCCCUUGCCCCACACAUCAGUACAUUGGCUUAUAUUAACUUAGGGGCCAAUACAGCUCUUGAUCGCUACAUGGACAAAAUUUCCACAUUAAUUCUCCGAAGAAAAACCAAGAUUGACCUGGCUAUCUCUUACAAAAUCAAUCGAACCAGUGCAAUGUGGUUAGGGCGGUGUUUACCAAAAGUCAACAAUUUAAUAAUUUAUGAUCAUACCAUGUCACCAGAAUGCUAUGGUGUUUUAUCCAAAUAUGUUCUACAGCUUGCUAAACCUGAAGAUUUGAUGAUAAAUCGUAUAAAUGGAAUUCUGUGGACAAAGAAACGGUCCGGUAAGGGAAAUCAACCAUCUGGUGUUUUGUGGACGAAUGUUUGGGAUGAAUAUGGAGAUAAAACAUCUCAAGAAUUCGUACAAAAACUGAAGCAUCAUUCUUUGACUGAUAUGAAAUCUGUACUUUCAAUAAUGGACACAUAUGGUAAAUGAAAAACGCUGAAAUCUGAAAGGCUAAAUUUGUCCUAAAUUCUGGUUCCUCCAGGACCACACCCAAAUAGAAUGAAGUAUCAACUAGAAUGCUAUGUGUUGUUUUGUGUUUUGUAGCUAUUGUUGUAAAUUUAAAUGUGUUGUUUUUCCAUCAAUCAUGUUCUUACUAAUUUAUACUGCCAAAAGUAGCAAGGUGCUUUUUAAAGUGAUCAUUGUUAGAAGGUUUUACCUGUUUUUUUACUAAGGGUAAAUCCAUGUGUAUUACUGAAUUUCAUAAAAGUGAACAUUGUUAAAAUAUUUUCCUUAGCAAAACAUAUGGUUAUAUAUAUUUUUGAGGUUAAAUGUAUGCUUGCCAACUUUUGUAUCUAUAUUAGAUUGAGUUUCAUUUUGCCAAACGUCUAACAAGUUAUUGUCUCAUUUUUUUUAACCUGCCGUUAAUGUUUUCGAUGUAUGUUUAUAGAAUAUGUUGUGAUUCUUGAUCUUGAGUUUUGUCAAAGGAAUUUUAAGACGUCCUUGUUUGGUUUAUUGUAAAAAGGCCAUUUGGAAAUGGGAUAUAUCUUACAGUUACAUAAAUUUAAAUGGUGAAUAUUGUCUAAUAACUGUUCUGUUGUCGUACUUCGGAAAAAAAAAGGUUUUUAAUCGUCAAA